AAUUGUAUGGAACAAGAACAUCAAGGAUUUGCAGUAAUGUACUAAUUAUAAGACAGGAAGAAAUAAUACAAAGACUCCAGUCGUCCCUAUAUACCAAUUUACCAGUCUGGGAGCUAGUACCUGUGUAGGUUGACUGGAGGUGUACCGACCUCAGACAGGUGAUAUUACAACCACUCCGGGCUGUAUGGUAUACAAACACUAUAGCUCUGUAGUAAUAUUACAGCAGACAAUACCACAGAGUCAGAGGAGAACUUAAUUAGUGUGUAAAAGUAGCUAGUUAUUAAUCAUAUAGCAUACACAGGCACUCAUUACCUGUCCUGACAGGUUGUUGUAUGGAACAGAAAUACCCACUACUGUUUUAAUAGUACACAGUACGGACAUUUGGAUUAAUCAUUGUUUUCCUUUUCGGAUUUAUUACAUUUACUGGAUUUUAAAUGAGAAUUGUGAAUGAUAAGUGGGAGCUAUCUGGAUAAUAUUCCUGGUUAUAUUGUCUAAAUCUGUCGAAUAACCACAGAGUUGGAUUGACUUUGUAUGUCUAAUUCUAUAAGUCUGUGAUAUAACAGUAGGAAUGAAGAAACACUCAUUCUGUAAAUCUGUUUGAAGUAAAGGUGUAUUUUUGUUUGAUUUUGUAUGGAAUUUUGAUCAUCUGCGUGUCACGUUUACACUGGAGUAUCUGAGCACCACUACAGAACAGUGGAGUAAUUAGUCAAUGUUUUCUACAGUACACUGUACCCUGGAAUGAUAAUUCAGGUCAACAUCACCAACUAAGUCAAGUGGAAAAUUAUGGGAUGUAAAGUUGGUCUGCAAUAGGGGGACUCCUCCAGUAUUACCAUGGAAAUUGAUUCACCUUCUACAGGAGCUGGUGUGAUUCUAUACAGUUAAUGGUAGCCGGAGGAACAAUCUGUGGUUUUAAAACUAUAAACAAAAGCACAUCUGGUUUCAAAAGGGGAAUGUAUUAUUUUUGUAUCCAUCUUUGUUUGUAAGAGUGAAAGUUACACUACAGGUGUUCAAAGUGGCAAUUCUUAAACCAGAACUGAUGGCCGGAGUACCUUUAAUAAACAAUGGACAAUGUGGAGAGGUGUCUGGAUAAGGGGAACAUGUUUUUACAGACUUUCUAGCUUGUAAUGCGACAGGGUUACUGGAGUGGAGAGUUCGCCACACACUGACUCGGAGGCCUCCAUGCAUGCUGCACACAGCUGAUCCACUUGAUUCCACUCGAGAUUUCAAAUUUUUGAAUGGUGGCCAUACAACUCUCAACGUUUUCACAUUAGCCAGUAAUUAGAAAGGCCUGUAUAUAUUUAAAUUUUGAAUCAACAGAUAUCUACUGAUGUACAAGAUAAGUCAAUUACAGUCAAUAUUCAGGAGUAUGAGCUGGAUUUCUUACACACAUAGCUUGGAUAUAAGGCCAUACACAGACAGCCAGUGCCAACUGUAAUAUGUACUACCAAACAGCAUGUGGGUUUGAUAUUUAAAUCUGAAUCACAUACUGGCGAAAGGAUUUUACAUAUGUAGACAUUUUUGACAGUGUUUUAGGUGUUCUUUGCUCAGAGACGGGAGUGAUUUUGAAGGAAAAAGUAUUUCAAAUGUUAUGUGUCCGAAAAUGGAUUUGUUUUGGAUGUUACAUAUGUGCCAGCUAAAAUGGAGGUGAUUAUUAUUAUGGAGAAAAUUUAUUUAGGAUGUGUUGUGCCCUGACAAGGGAAUAACUAAUAUAUUUAGGAUGUGUUGUGCCCUGACAAGGGAAUAAUUUUACACCAAGACAAUAUUUCGGAUGUCAUGUGCUAUGUUGUUUACAAAGAUAGUGCUGGAGAAUGUAGUGUAGGUGAGGAGGAGGUGAAGUGGGUGAUGGAAGCACAAACAUGAUUGAUAUAAAACCCUGUCAGCCCUCUAACAUGGGAAGCUUCUGUAUUCUAGACGGAGAUUUUAGGCAGUUCCUGGAGAACCUAGACUGUACCCAGUUACUUUCCGAGAUUGUGGAAUUGGAGGAGAAUGCAGGUGAUGACAACAAUGCAAAUGUGAAAAACAACAAAAAUGAAAAGGAAAGACGACCAUGUCACAAAUCCACAUCGUCUGCUGAACGUUACCAUAGCAACAAAAGUCCGGUUCCAUCCCGUACCUUCAACCGUAGUCACAGUCUUCCGACAGGAACACUGUCCUACGGGGGAUCUCGGAUUGUUUAUAAAGAUGGCCAUUUUGUAAUUGAGACUGGUUAUGAUGGGACGGAGGAUGUUCCCAUUCUAAACGGAUCGUAUAAUGGAUCACAUGACCAUGACAAUAUCCAGUCUCCGAUGGACAGAAAUGACCAACAGAACACAGUUGAUAAUAACCUGCACAUGAAACAUCUCAAACGUAUUUCAUAUUCUGAUCCACAUUUGUGUGAUGACGACGAUGAUUACGACGAUGAUUCUGAGGAUGUGAACAAUGAGGAUGUUGAUGUGUUUCUCAGAAAUGAUGGAAAUGUUACUGUGAUUGACACCGAGGAUGACGAUCAGGAACACGACACAACUGUGUCGGAACAAGUUGUUCAAAAGCGGAAUAAACCUGAAAAUGGUAGUAGACUUCCUCGACCACUGUCAGUGGAUGAAAAUCAGCUGACGUCUAUGCAAGACACUGAUCCAAACUCCACAAUGAGGAAACUUAGAAAAUCUUUACGGGACGCAAAAGCCCGGCGAAGUAAGAGUUUCCGUGAAAUGUCUGAUCAAAUUGAUGGAAAAAGCAAAUUGAAACGAAAUUCAAGUUUCAAGGAAGCAACAGAGAAAGGAGCAUUAGAGAUGAAGUCGCGGUCCAGUAGUACAGGGGAGGAGGAUGGGGAUAGUCUGAGCAGGUCGGGUAGUAUUGGCAGUAUUGAACUACGUCCAAAAAGUCCCGGAUUUUUACAGAGGCUUAUAUUCAAACGGAAAUCUUUUAAUGAAAAGAAUCUCAAAGGUGAGCAAUCCUCUAAGGAAUCGUUUAUGAAGAAAAUGUCCCUAAAAGGUUUGUUUACAGGUAAAAAGGAAAAGGGAGAGUUAAGUCCUGCAAAGACUAACUCUGAUGAACCCCCAACUCCUCCAAUAGCUGCUUUUCAAGGUGAUCUGGAUAUCCAUGCAGUGAGUGAAUCUGCUCCAAAUUCUCCAUUCUCAAGUUUGAAAUUUCGUCGGAGACAUACAUCUGCGGACCUUUUUGUGCAGAAUACCAGUAAUAGUGCUAACAAUUUGAAUUUGAGACGGACUAGUGACAGUAUACCUUCGCGCAGAUCUGUUUUACAAUCCUCACGAACAAUAGAUGAUCCUGCUAAUGUUAAAGCUCUGCUAGGGUUAGAUAAUCAUCCAAAACGCCCAAUCAGUCCAAAACCACCCUUAAUGUCCAUCACACGGAGAAACUCAAAUCUGAGUCUUCCAAGUUCACCUCUUAAGGAGAGUCCUUUUGAAUUAACUAUGGAUAAUUCACCCAACAAAAUGGACACCGAUUCUAUUUCGACAUGUUCCUCACUGACCAGUUCUAAUGUAGACAGUGCUUCGCUGAUAAGUGCUGCCAGUACAGUGUGUGAAACUGACGGACCAAAGUCCUCGGUCACGACGCCAGGAUCUAGUAGUCAGGACCUGGAAAAAUUCUCGGCUCUUGGUCAGGGUGAAAUGACAUCGAGUAACAGCAACGACAGUGGAAUACAGCGUGAUGUCAGCGUACAUUCCAGCAGCGAGUCAAUCAAGACAAACGUCCAGGAUUCAGCCUCUGCAGUGUUGCGGCGGAGAAAGUCCCCAUCUCCUCGACCUGAACGUCCAAAGUCUGAAAUCAGUGUACGAUGGGCAGAUCUUGUCGAAACCACAGAAAUUUCACCUAUCAAGCGACGUGAAGGAAGUCAACGAAAUAAACCCCGCCCCAAAUCUGACCUGGAGGAGAACUUGGAAUUGUUUGAUGAACUGUAUGGGGAGGUACUAGAUGACCUCACAUCGUCCUGGGAAGGUGGAAGUUCCCUUAAGUCAGACAUGAAGCCCUUUGGGAGCCAGACGAGUCUACUGCCCUAUAACUCCCUUCAGAGUCUAGACUCCCUACGACUGAGGCAUGAAGCAAUGGACCAAAAGCCAAGCAAGAGAAGGAUGUCAACUCCUCAGCCAAUCAAGACGCGCCUGGAAAGAGCGCCACGGAAACAGAGGACGCGGAAAUCUACCACUUCUACCUUGGUUAGAUCGCAUAGCAUGCCAGAAAGUUUGGACAAACUGCAUAAAUGUCGGAAAAGGCAUAGUGUGUUAGGAUGUAGUAAUCUCCAUGGAGAUGAAUUCCAUCACCUUGACGAUGACAGUAGUUCUGAUGAUGGCUCUGAUUACUCCAUGGACCGUAUAAGUUUACAUGAGAAAAGUAUGAGUGUGCGUUCAUCACAGGCCCAGCUGUCUACUCUGGACGAGAUGCCUGAGGGGGAGAGUUUAACAUGUGCUGAGGCAUUAUGGGACCACAUCACCAUGGAUCCCGAGGAAUUGGGUUUCCAUGCUGGUGAUGUCAUCGAGGUGAUGGACAUGGGUGACAAGGAUUGGUGGUGGGGCGCGAUUGAUGAGCGAGAGGGCUGGUUCCCAGCGACGUUUGUCAGGUUACGAGUGAACCAGGAACCGUACGAGGAAGAUACAGUUUCACAGUCCUCUGAGGUCACGCAGUUAUCACCAAAGUUACGAAGGGUCAGCGUCAUCAACAAGGAGCAGGCCCGCGAAAAUGUUGUCAAUGAAAUCAUUAGUGCUGAACGGGAGUACGUCAAGCAUCUCAAAGAUGUGGUCGAGGGGUACAUCAAGCAUGCUCGGAAGAGGGCAGACAUGUUCUCGGAAGACAGAAUAAGUGUGAUAUUUGGCAAUAUUGAAGACAUCUAUAGUUUUUCCAACCGCUUCCUCGAAUCAUUAGACCAAGCGUUUACUUCUGACAGUCCCCACCUCAGUGAAUUAGGACACUGCUUUCUCACACAGAGUAAAGAAUUUGAGAUUUAUUCUGACUACUGCAAUAACCAUCCCUCAGCCUCAGAGGAACUGAAGGAUCUCUACCGGAAACAGAAAUAUAGACAUUUCUUUGAGGCAUGUCGACUACUACAGGAGAUGAUAGAGAUUCCACUAGAAGGUUUCUUACUGACUCCCGUACAGAAAAUCUGCAAGUACCCCCUCCAACUGGCCGAACUCCUCAAGUACACACCUCCCAGCCACCCUGAUUAUCAUAAUGUAGAGGGCGCUCUCGAGGCCAUGAAGAAGAUUGCGGCACUCAUCAAUGAACGUAAACGCAAAAUGGAAAGCAUCGAGAAACUGGCCCGCUGGCAACAGAGUGUAGAGGAUUGGCAGGGGCCUGAUCUACUAGACAAGAGCUCCGAGCUGAUAACAUCUGGAGAGUUCAAUAAGAUCAACUCUGGAGGCUGGUCCCAGGAACGGUACUUCUUCCUGUUUGAUCGACAACUGGUUUACUGUAAAAAAGAUCUCCUGAAAAAGAAUGGAUUUAGUUAUAAAGGCCGAGUGGAUUUGGAUGAAUGUGAGUUGAUAGCAGUGGAGGAUGGAAAAGAUCUGCAGUAUAAUGUAACAGUAAAGAAUGCAUGGAAGUUACAUGAAACAGUUCGUGAUAAGUGGUACCUACUCUAUACCAAGACCGCUUCCGAGAAACAAAGAUGGAUGCGGGCUUUCCAGAAGGAGAGACAAAGAGUGAAGGAAGACCAGGAAAACAACUUUGUGCCUUUUCAUUGGAAGAAAACUGUCCUCAACAAGUUAAGAGCAAGUAAAGAGAAGCUCCAGUCAUCCCAGAACACGGUGUCUAUACAGUACCAGAAAGAGUUUUUACGAGGAAUUCCAUCUCACGCGACCCUGCCAAGGUCAUACACAAAGAAACAACGCGACAAGAAGAAGGGCUGGUCUUUAUUUGGCAACAAAAAAUCAUCCAAAUGAACAAGCACCUGGUUUGUGCAGUGCUAAGAAAUGGAUGACUUGAUUGGUGCGUCGAGACACUCCGGGUCCAUCAAAUCAUUUUUGUGAAACUCGAUUACCAAAAAUCUCAGGAAUGGAAUUGUACUUUAAACAACGACAGCAGUGACAUUAUUUGUCAUCAUGGUUACUAUAGAAGAUAUUUUUAUGACAAUAACCAAUCCUAUAUUUGGACAGUUUUUACCACUGAACUCGACCAAUACAAAACGUGCCAUUGUCCAGAUUUUCUGAUGAUCAUGUGUAAAGACACCAUCUGUCUCCAGACAAAGUAUACUUACAAUGAUGGACAGAUCUACAGACCUAGGUCAUGGACUGGACACCAGUGUUAACUGGACCAAGGAAUAUGGACAUGCACAAUUAAGUCCAGUUACAAAUUCUCCUUGUUGACCAGACCAAGGGAUGGACACUAACUACUCAUUGUACCGUGGACUCGGUAUUCUCAGUUCCCUGGCUAUGGAGAUCUAGAGGAUCCCAGUCAAAGGGAUAUAAAGAGAACUCAGUCAUUAGAGAUCUCCAAUGUGUUGAGCUAUUGAAAUAGUUCUUUAAAUAAAGAAGAUUUUGCAAAAAUCUUCACAGCUGACAUGAGAGCUACAAUCAAAGGGAGAUAACCUGCUGAUGUGUCCACAGUCAAAAGGCUGUUAUACCAGAGAGAGAACAGGGCCAGACUGUUCAUUAUCAAACAUUGAUGACCCUGUUUUGGUGCUGAUGCCAAAGUGUUAGUGUAACAUUGAUGACAAACAUCUCUGUAUGGACCAAUUAUUUCCCUAACAAAAUAGGGAAGUGUGCCUCUCAUAGUGUUUGUGAAUCAGUGAAUCUUUGUUAAUGUGGGCAUCUUAUCUUGUUAAAGGAAAUCCUUUCCUUGUAUCAAACAAUAUAAGCAAUGGUCCAGGAUUGAAAUUCGCCCUUAUAGGACUGAAUUUCUUGAUUUGACAAAUGCUUGGAUGACUUGAGAAGCAGCACCAGGUAUACAUACCUUAUUUUGACAUUCAUCAGUCAGAAUGGCCAUGCCUUAGUCAAUAAGGAUGACUUCCUUGGCUAGAAAAAGAAGGAUCUACAUGACAAAGAUAUGCAGGCCAUAUCUAGUUUAACAUAUAAACACAAUGACAUCCUGAAUAAUUCAAUUCAGUUAGGACCAAUAUACAUAAUGAUUAGUCAGGAUGCUAACUGAAUAUUCAUUUAAAGAUUUCUCAUAUUUAUUUUCCAUUUCUUGGGAAUUACCUGGUAACCAGGUUUAUGCAUAAUUAUGUAUGUCAAUAUCCAAGUUACAAUUUACACAAAUAUUCAUAUGGUUGGAUAUAGAUCUGAUUAGGAUUAACCAAUCAUAUCAAGCCUACUAAUGUAUUAAACUACACCAAUGUAACAGAGUCUGUGAUUGGUUUAAUUGAGAUUGAUCUCAUUUAGGUAAUAUUUCACAAUGUUAUAAAUGGAGGUACUUUCUCCAUUUACCCCCUCUUCUGGUAGUUAUCUAUGUGAAAGGUUCAUAGAAUCAUUUAGUAGACAAUUUUUACAAACUAACUUUUAUUGCAAGAAGGCAAUAUAAAACUAAAACAAAUGAACAGUUUACAUACCAAAAAUUACCAUAGAGCUUUCUAGUUGGACGUAUAUAUAGGUUGGCAUAUGAUUAUAUGUAUGUGAUGUUUUUGCGUUUCAGUCAGAUGUAUUUAUAUAUAUGGUGGACACCAUUGAAUCACAUCUUUCUUUCAUGUAUUUGACAUGAUUGACAUAUACCUGUAUAAGAUAAUUAUAAAUUAUACUGAUGUCGAUUUCUUUUGUGAAUUGCUGAAUUCAAUUAUUUUUCCUUAGAGGAAAUAUAAGGAAAUCAUUUCAAUGUAAGAUUUGUUUAUGUAACAUUUGACCCUGAAGUGUGAUGGUUUUAUAGAGAUCUGACAUGGGUUUCUAUCAUAACCAAAUCCUUUAAUGUUAUAAAGAUAGCUGAACUUGUAGGUUGGAAUUUGGGUUGGGAGUAUAAAGUAUUGUUCUGGAUUGCUUCCUGCUCAUUUUUAUAAUUUUUCAAAAUGCUACAAUGCUUUCCAUAUUGUUAUGUGUUGAAACAGUUUCACAAAGCUAUCAAUGUUACCAUGGACCCCAUUAGUUGUAAAUUUAACAGGACUAGACUUUGCGUUCUGUGGAAUAUGUCUUACCUGUACAUAAAGUGGUCAUAAUAUUUGCUUCAACGUGUACAGGUAUUUAUAAUUACAAAUAUAAGUUAAUUAUUGUUAGCUAAAUAGAUUGCUUAAUGACAUGGCAGGUGAAAGCCAAAACAGCUAUUGUUACGCCCCUGUGGAUUAUCUUUUAAUUACAAUUUUUAACUUUGUUGAUAUUAAACGUACUUUAUGAUCAUGUUGUUGAAAUAUUCUCAAAAAUCAGCAGGAGGCACAUCUAGGAAAAUAUUACCAACCGGGAAAACAGUUGAUUAGUGAUUAGAUUUUUAAUGAGGUGUAUUAUAUGGACGUGAUGUUAGGGUUUAAGUCCAUACUGGUUCAUGUUAGGUUGGUGCUAACGAAUGGAGGGUACUCAGUCACCGAGACAUCAUGUUAAAACCUGGCAAAGUGCUGAUUUCUCAUUAUUCAUGAAUAAAUAUAAUGCAUAUGUCCAAAUAUUCAUGAUUAUUUUCUAAUCAUGUGCGGCUUGAUGUGUUUGUAUAUGUUAAAAUGUGAUGUGUUUGUACAUGUUAAAAUGUGAUGUGUUUGUACAUGUUAAAAUGCUGUGUAUUUAAGGUACUUGCGUAUGUGUGUGAUUUGUUUUAACCAAGCUUCCAAAUGCUGCAAUACUUUUAACUCCUCCGAUAUAACACCAUUUUCAGGCCCCUAUACAUUAUACUAUUUUCCAACCCUCAUCAGUAUAUUCUAUUACCAUUAUUCCAUUCCAAACAUCCAUUAAAUAUUGCACUAAAUUCUAUGGGCUAUGUAAAAAUAUCCUUCAUAAUCUAAAAAAUAUCAGUUCAAAUAUCUAUCAGUACAUCUUUUCCUUGACAUAUACCCUCCUAAAUCUUUUUCAUCUAUAUCAUGAAACACACCUGCAAUUUCAAACUUUAUUUGUCCUGAUUCAAAUAUGAGAUAUUGUUGAUUUAGAACUGCCCGCUUCCCAUUUAAAAAAUUGUAAUCUCUAAAUGGCUACGGUGAAAUCCUGUUUGUGCAUUGCGUGCUAGGUUCCAACUUUCAUUUUUCGCUUCUGUCCCAUUUAUGCACUUUGAUUGGUCAUUUAAAAUGAAGACAUUUCCAUAGUGAUCAUGUCCUAGCAAGCUGCUGCACAUCAAACUGCACAGUAACAUGCAUUGUUUUUUAUUUGCACCAUUCACUGUUUCAUCGCCACUGGGGCUUUUUCGUUAUAUUUAUUUUGUAAAGUUGAACAGAUAUUGGCAUGGGUGUACAGUACAGUAAUAUGUUGUGUCUAAUGAUGUAUUGGCUUCAAGUUACUUAUUUAUAAAUCAUAACUUUUAUAAUAUUUCAUAAUUUAAUUACCUUUAGGAAAACAAUGUUGGAAAAGUAUAUAUUACAAGUUUUACCAGGAUUUGUUUUGGCAAAUAUGAAUGUUCACCUGGAGUAAUAAUCUAGUUACCAAACAGAAUCUCUUAUCUGGUUUUUGGUAACCUUGGUAACCUUUGUAUCCUUGGUAUCCUUGGGUGUCCUUUGUUGUCCUUGGUAACCUUUGUAUCCUUAGGUGUCCUUGGGUGUCCUUGGGUGUCCUUGGUUGUCCUUGGUAACCUUGGUAUCCUUUGUAACCUUGGGUGUCCUUGGUAAUCUUGGUAACCUUGGUUUUCUUGGUAACCUUGGGUGUCCUUGGGUGUCCUUGGGUGUCCUUGGUAACCUUGUUAUCCUUGGGUGUCCUUGGUAACCUUGGUUUCCUUGGUAACCUUGGUAACCUUGGGUGUCCUUGGUAUCCUUGGUAACUUUGGGUGUCCUUGGUAAACUUGUUAACCUUGGUAUCCUUGGUAACCUUGGUAACCUUGGGUGUCCUUGGUAACCUUGGGUGUCCUUGGUAUCCUUGGUAUCCUUGGUAACCUUGGGUGUCCUUGGUAAACUUGGUAACCUUGAAUGUUUUUAAGAGUAGAAUUAUUACGAUCUGUCCAAAUUAAUUUGUUGUUUCUUAAUUUUGAUAUUGUGAAAUAAACAUAUACAAGUAAUUUUUACGUACCUCUACCCUCGUAAAAGACUUAAAAUCUGAGUAAACUGUAUAUUAAGUAUAUACACAAUAUAUAUAUAAAUGUAUGGUUGUCCAGCUGAUAAUAGAAAUUACCCGAUACUUCAGAACUUGCUUUGUUGACACCCCACAUAUAAUUUUACUGUUAAAAAAAAUCUCAAUAUUUUUUUCUAGUUAUUUUGAGAACAUCAUAUGACUCAAAUAAGACCUAAGUUACAUGUGUGUUGUACAUGUGUCAAUCAAGUAUAAGAUUCUAAUUCUUCUGCAACACCUGGUUAUAAAUCUGUCAUUUCAGGUGUGCUUUUUCUGGGAAACUAAAUGAUAGAAUAAAAUAUUCGUAGGCCUUGGUAAAUUAGCUGUAUAUUUUUCACAUAAUCUAAAAAAAUGAAGAAACCUUAUUAAUUGGGAUAGAGUGGAUUUUCUUUAUUGGUUGUAUUUUAUUGAUAAUUGUUGUAAAGUGUCUGAGUAUUAUGCAUAUUUAUAUAUCUACCUGUUACAUACAUACUUCCAACUCCUUAUUACAUACAUUGUAGUCGUAGCAUUUCUUUACCAUUUCUCAUCCACCAAUACUUAAAUCUUCAGAAGUCCCAUCUGAUUUACAUUUCCUUCACCCCCAGUAUUGCAGAAUUGACCUUCUUGCUAUUGUUGUAGACAAGUCUAAUGUUAUUUUAAGGGGAGACAUGCAUACUAGUCAAAGUCUAUUUGUGUUUAACGGUGUAUAUUGUUAUAUAAUUAUAUAACAAUUAAAAAAUACACACACAUGUGUGUGUAUAUGUAAUAAUUUAAUAUGUAUAUACAUUGUAUUUAAGUAGAUUGUAAAUAUAGAUCAAGAUGUACAUAUUUUCUCCAUUUCAGUGCUAGAUGUACAACACAAAAACUAGGUCACAGUUACUUAGUCUACAAACUAUUUUAGUCACAUCUAUCAACAUUAAUAUAUCAAAGCUCGGUAGAGCUGGUGGUUUAUUCAUAACCUGCUAUUUCAAAGGCAGGAAGAAAAAAUCAAUAAUAAUAAAAAUUACAAAACUUUUA